GUCAUGGCUCUGCCAACAUUUGGACUGCUGCUUGUCAUCCUGCUGUCUUGUACCUCUGCCAUCCGACUGGAGGGAAAUGGGUACACAGGUGUUCUCUUUGCCAUCAACCCAGCCAUCCCUGAAGAUCCAGCUCUCCUGAACAGAAUUAGGGGUAUGAUAAAGGCGGCCUCAGGGAUUUUACAUGGAGCUGUUGGUCAAAGGUUUUAUUUCAAGGAGGUGACAAUUCUGGUUCCUGCUAACUGGACAAAUGGCAACUACAGCAGAGUUAAGACUGAGACAUAUGAGAAGGCCAAUGUCAUUAUUGAUGAGCCCAACAAGUCCUAUGGGGAUGAGCCCUACACUCUGCAGUAUGGCCAGUGUGGGCAGCCAGGCCAGUACAUCCAUCUCACUCCAGACUUCCUGCUGGAUGACAAGUUAAUCAGCGUCUAUGGAGAAAGAAGCAAGGUAUUGGUACACGAAUGGGGUCAUCUGCGAUGGGGCUUAUAUGAUGAGUAUAGUGAAGAACAACCAUUCUACCAUCCUUCAAAUGGAAUGGGGUUUGAGGCAACAAGGUGUUCCAAAGAUAUUAAAGGUCGUCUCUGUGUGAUGACCGACAAAAACACUUGCUUAGAUUGUGACCCAAAAACUUUUGAUCCAAUAACUGGAUUGCCCCUGAAAGACUGUGUGUUCCUGCCUAGACAAGAUCCAAAGGUGGUAGAGUUUUGUUCAGAUGAGACACACAAUCCUGAGGCCCCAAACCAACAGAAUAAGAUGUGUGACAACAGAGCUGCCCUGGAUGUGAUCCUCAACAGCUCUGUGGACAACGGAACUCAAGCCCUGUCUCAAAUACCCCAGACAAUUGUCAAUGUUGUACAGAGGAAAACUAGGAUUGUUUGCCUUGUCCUGGAUGUGUCAGGAAGCAUGCAGGGACCAUGGAUUGAACUUUUGAGACAAGCUGCAACCUUGUUUCUUGAAACAAUCAUAGAGGAUGCCGCAUAUGUUGGAAUUGUACAAUUUGAGUCAUCUCCAUCAGUUCUCAAAUACCUAACAGUGAUUGAUGGCGAUGAGUCCAGGAAAGCGCUUGUUCAGGCACUUCCAACGAGAGCAGGUGGAGGAACGAAUAUUUGCCCUGGGAUUGACAAAGCCUUUGAGGUACUGAGGAGAGAUGGUGGUUUCACAGAAGGAAAUGAGCUUAUUCUUCUCACUGAUGGAGAAGCAGGUGAUAAUCUGGGUGGAUGUGAGGCGAGAGUUGUGAGUAGUGGUGCUAUUGUCCACACUAUUGCUCUGGGCCCAAGUGCAGACAAGAAACUGCCGCAUUUUGCUGACAUAACAGGUGGAAUAUUUUUUCAGACAUCUGACAGCAUGAACUCCAAUGAGCUCAUUGAUGCAUUUGCCUCUCUUACAACUUCUGAUGGAAAUGUGACGCAACAGACAGUUCAGCUCGAAAGCUCUGGGAUUAGAACAACUGAUUGGUUCAAUGGCACAUUUUCUGUGGACUGGACAGUUGGAAAAGACACCAUUUCAGACUUUGCCCAUGAUGCAGGAAUAAAAAUGUUAUCAUUGAAAGUACCAGGAAUUGCUGAGACUGGGACAUGGCACUACAGUCUACUUCAUACGGGCUCCGGUGCACAGUCAAUGGCGAUCACCGUCACCAGUCGUGCUGCCAGCGCUGAUGUGCCCCCUAUCACAGUAAAAGCCCACAUGGACCAGAAGUCUUCUGAUGGAAGUAAAGCCAUGGUGGUCUAUGCAAUUGUCACUCAGAAGGGGUUGCCUGUUAUAGAGGCAAAAGUCACGGCCAUACUGGAGUCUGACACUGAGAAGACACCACAGUCCCUAGACUUGCAGGAUAAUGGAGCAAACGCUGACGCCUUCAGACUUGACGGCAUCUAUUCAAGAUAUUUCACUAAUUUUACCUCGGGACGGUACAGUCUGAAAGUGAGAGUUGAAAACAGUAAAGAGACCAAAGCCAUGCUGGCUCCAUACAGACACAGUGGAGUGCUCUAUGUCCCAGGAUACGUGGGCGUGGACGACAAAGUGGAGCUGAAUCCCCCAAAACCUCCUGUAAACCAUGAGCCAGUAGAGGUGGGCAGCUUCACCAGGACGGCCACAGGAGAGAGUUUUGUGGUGACGUUACCCUCAGGCUCUACACGACCUCCUGCAUUUCCUCCCAGCAAGAUCACAGACCUGAGAGCUGAACUUAGCGGAGAAGUCAUCACAGUCAAAUGGACUGCUCCAGGAGCAAGCUAUGACGUGGGAAGGGCUGCACGCUACCAUAUAGCCUGGAGUGAAGACCUGGCCCUGCUGAGAACCAACUUCAGUGGCUCUCAUCACAUUGACCCUUGGGAGCUGAGACCACAAGACGCUGGCUCCACUGAGCGAUACUCAUUCCACCCAAGCAACCUCAACAUGGUCAACGGCACCACCGUUUUCAUUGCAGUUGUGGCGGAGAAUGCAGACUCACUGAAUUCAAGCAUAUCAAACGUUGAACGAGUCAUGAAAUAUGUUGCACCUCCUCCUGUACCUGAGGAAGGAGGAAGUGUGAAUGUUAUCGGAAUUGCAGUGGGUGUGGCUGUGGGGGUCAUUGCGAUAGCAUCAGUAGUUGGAACAGUAAUAUGCUGGAAGAAGCGUUAAUCUGCAUUUCCUUAUUUACCAUGUUUAUUUAUAAAUGAAGCACUGAAUUCAUCUUAAUGAGUAGUUUAAAUGUGUCCCAAAUAUGUGUCUCAUACUGUGUUACAGUACAUUGUGUUUUAUUUUUGCAUAUUUCUGACUGACUGUAACAA